CCGCAGAUGAAGAGGAGGCGGCGGCAGUGGUGGAAGAAGAGGCGGCGGCGGCGCGGGUAGGGAUCCUGGAAACGCGAGCGGGGAUGGUAGGUGGUUUGGACCCGCCGGGCCGCCGUCGUUUCCAGAAAGGGUUUGACUGGAGGAACCUCUGGAGCAGCUGGGCAAACACCAAAGCUUAUCUCCAGUUAACUAUUUUUCAGUCACAUUGUGACUACUGAAUUGCUCAGAAGGAGAUUGAGAAGUGAACAGUUGAUGUGGUAAUUGGAUGUUUGAGGACUAAUCAUCGACAGUCAGGUUGGCUAGCUCCUCUGGCUGAUGGCAUGUUGAGGCACAUGGGCCAGUGGCUGCGAGGGCAUCUGAUCCAGAGGGGGCCACUCUAGAGGCCAGGCCACCAGCACCAUGGGCCAGUGUGUCACCAAGUGCAAGAAUCCCUCAUCAACCCUGGGCAGCAAGAACGGAGACCGUGACCCCAGCAGCAAGUCACACAGCAGACGGAGUGCAGGCCACCGUGAGGAACAGCCACCAGCGUGUGGCAAGCCAGGCGGGGAUAUCCUUGUGAAUGGGACCAAGAAGGCAGAGGCUACCACUGAGCCCUGCCAGCUGCCAACGUCCUCUGGAGAUGCCGGGAGGGAGCCCAAGUCCAAUGCUGAGGAGUCUUCCCUGCAGAGGCUGGAAGAACUGUUUAGGCGCUACAAGGACGAGCGGGAGGAUGCAAUUUUGGAGGAAGGCAUGGAGCGCUUUUGCAAUGACUUAUGUGUUGACCCCACAGAAUUUCGAGUGCUGCUUUUGGCUUGGAAGUUCCAGGCUGCUACCAUGUGCAAAUUCACCAGGAAGGAGUUUUUUGAUGGCUGCAAAGCAAUAAGUGCAGACAGCAUUGAUGGGAUCUGUGCACGAUUCCCUAGCCUCUUAACAGAAGCCAAACAAGAGGAUAAAUUCAAGGAUCUCUACCGGUUUACAUUUCAGUUUGGUCUGGACUCUGAAGAAGGGCAGCGGUCACUGCAUCGGGAAAUAGCCAUUGCCCUGUGGAAAUUAGUCUUUACCCAGAACAAUCCUCCAGUAUUGGACCAGUGGCUAAACUUCCUAACGGAGAAUCCCUCGGGGAUCAAGGGCAUCUCCCGGGACACUUGGAACAUGUUCCUUAACUUCACUCAGGUGAUUGGCCCUGACCUCAGCAACUACAGUGAAGAUGAGGCCUGGCCAAGUCUCUUCGAUACCUUUGUGGAGUGGGAAAUGGAGCGAAGGAAACGAGAAGGGGAAGGGAGAGGUGCACUCAGCUCAGGGCCCGAGGGCUUGUGUCCCGGGGAGCAGACUUAGUGGCUCUAUCCCAGGAGCAGCAGCAGCAGCAGCAGGGAUCUGCCUGCUGCCCUGCAGCCAACGGAGGAAUUGGACCUUUCUGGAAAUUACUGAAGAUCCAGAUAUUUUCUACUUUACACCUUUCUCUGCCUUGUAUCUGAAAGGGCUCUAAAAUGCUGUAUCAUGUUUUAGGCACUUUCUUCACUUUUUGGUUAUUUUGGUUAUUUCUUUUUUUGGGGGGGGUUCCCCAAAAUAUUUGAACCUGGCUACAUGUUGUGUAUUUUUUUUGAAGCCUUCAGAUAGAAUAAGCCUGCCAUUUCUUGCACAAAUUAGUUUUUUUUUUUUUUUUUUUUUUUUUUGUGGGGAAGGGUGUAGAGCAGGGAGGGGGGAAUGGGAUGGUUAGGUUGAAUUAACAUUACAAGAUGAUACAGUGCCAGAUCUCAGUUUUGCAUAUUCUGUUUUUCAGGGCAGGUCUGUACUGUGUGUAGUGCUGUUUACAUGGUUGAAUUUAGGUUGUAAUAAUUAUUUUAAAAGAUUUACACAGAAUUGAAUAGCAGUGUUAACUGUUAACCAUAUUGCAUUAAUUCCCAGGCGAUUUAAAGCUCUUGGAGAGCUAAGGCCAGCCAAGAGCAUUUGUAGUCUGGUGACAACCCCCUUUUAAGCUAAUUUAUCCGAAACUCUUUAUUUUCUUCUCUUCUUGCUCAUUCCUUCUUUGACCUAUUGCAUUUCAUGUUGAGUUUAUCCAUCAACAUGCUGCACCUGUCAGUCAAGUGAGCAGUUUUGUUUUUUUUUUUUUUUAGAACACAUAGUACUGAGAACCACUUAAGCAUUGAAUGCAGAGAAAGCAGUGCUACCUCAGUUUUGCUGGAAGUAGAUUUUGAUAGUUUUCUUUUUUUGUUGAAUUUUCUGUAUUUUCAUGUUGUAAGUGAAAAUACUUUUUUUUUUCUUUUGCCUUGGAGCCAAAGUUUCUGUUCCUGGUGGUCGGAAAACUGUGCCUGCCGGCCAACUGACUUGAAGGAAAACUGUGGUAUGGAGCUCUGCUUGAAUUUUUUUUUUGUAAAGUUUUUUUUUCUUUUUUUUAAUAUCAUCAGCUUACUUGUCUGGCAAGUGCAGAAGCCUGGGAUUGGCCUGAACUCUGCCAAACAAAUAUAGAAGUGUAUUUAAUAGUUAAAUGUGUGCCCUUUCCCUUCUUGCUGCACCCAUGUUGUCACUUAACCCCCAGGAGUUAUUUAUUAUCUUCUUUGUUAAUGUCAGGCUCAUUUGGGGUAAUGUGAUGACUGUUUAGGUUUACAUGACCCUUCUCUCCUUCCCCUACCCCCAAAUAUGUAUAUAUACAUAUAUAAGAUAUGUAUAUAUUUUACCUAUAUAAAAUAUAUAUAUACACAUAUAUGUAUCUAUAUUCCUUUGUUUCUUUUUGCCUGCUAAAACUGGCCAUAAAAGAGGGAGCUGCCUUCAAUAUAUAAAGCAUGAGUGCCAGGUAAUGUCAUAAAUGGAGGCUUUUGAAUCUGAAUUUGGACCAUCUUCACUAAAGAGAGGAUGAAUUUUCUCAAACCUUUCCUCACAAGAGGGAGGCCCAGUUCCCCAGACUCCUCCAUGUGCUUGCUCCAGAAGGCCAGCUUUGGCCAAAGUGCCCCACAGGAGCUGACUCUGGUCCUACCUGGUUUCAGUAGAGGGUCUUCUUGUUAUUUUUCCAUUAAAAAAAAAAAAAAAGUGUCCUCAAAAAACUGUACUGGAAGGGUGGGUGGCAGGAACUUGUACAGUUCAGCUCCCAACACUUUGGAACAGAUUGAAAAGGGAAUCUUUUAAAUAAAAACAUAAAAUAUUUAUACUCUUGAGGUAAUGAGAGUUUGUCUAUUAAACAUUUGGAGUUUUCUUCCCUAACUACUUCCAUCUGCCUCCCAGGUAUAUGUUUCUCAGCCUGGGCAGGAAUUGCUUAUUUUGAGUUCCUUUAUUAGGAGCCUUAUGGCUCCAGGCUCCCAUCUUUCCAAAGAUGAUUACUUAAGGAGUUCCUGCAGUCGAUGUUUUUCUAAGAUUGACAUUGACAUAGGAAACGUACUUGGUUUUUUUUUUUUUUAAGAUCCUAAACUUGGCAGUUGCCCCUUCUAGAGGGGUAGAAGGGAAACUUUAAAGAAUCAGCCACAGCAAGUUAGUACUGCUGGAAAGCUGAAGAGGGUCUCAGGCCAGAAGUCUGGCUUUGUUCUAGCCUAAGACACAAGUUCCUUGUAUAAAGAGAGUUUCCAGGGGCCCCAGCAGGUUCUGUGGGCUCAACUGUAGUCAGGGUGCUUAGACUGAGGUUUUAAAGAGACUGCUUUCUCAUUCAGCCAGUCCUGCAAGCCCAAUAUUUCCUGAUUCUAGACUGGAUAGAGUUUGAAAAGGAAAGGGCAGGCUGCUCCUAGCCAGGUAAGGCUCCCUUAUGUCUUAGAUUACAAGGCUAUAUGGAGAGAAGAGCACAAGAGAGGAUGGCACCAAGAAUCCUGAGGACUCUGGAGGAACUGGAUUCCUUCCCCAGCCUACAAGGUGGCAUUCCAUGCAUUAGGUAUGCUAGAAGUGGGUAGAUUUUUGUUAACUAUACAGCCUCCCCAUCCCGACCUCCCACAAAGAAAGCCAUUAAAUAAAUUAUUUUUGGUUAUAUUUUUAAUGAUCUAUUUGUUACAGAAAUGCAAAUGAGAAACCAGUAAAGGAAAUAGGGAAGAACUUGUAGGUUCUAUCCAGGUUGGAGUUCCUGGUGCACGCUAGCUCUGGGCCAGUGUUUGACUUGAAAAGCAGUUUUUUAGCAAAGGGAACGGAGGUGGGGUGUGUGUAUGGUUUGUAGUCACACUUUAUGGAGAAAUUAAAGGUCCCUGUUCCUUUUAGCCUAGAAAUAGGUUUGCUGUUUAAUGAGCAAGCAGUAAUUGUGUGGAAGAGGCCAAAUGCAUGCCCCUCAGGUAAGCCAGUGUGUGCUCUUCACUUUAACAACAUAACAUCAGGGUGGUACAGAGGGGCAGGAUGUGGAUUUUGAAAAUAGGCAAAUAUCUGAGGGUGAUUACAAGAAAUUGAGUAUGUAUUGGGACAUUCUUAGUUUUUGGCAAAUGGCUUUGAGUUUGUGGUGUAUUCUUUAGUGAUUAGAAAGCUAUAUGAGAUGAAGUAUUGCUUCAUUGACAUGCUCUUGCUCCAUCCUUGCCAUAUUUGAAUGUAUCAUUAACCCCACCUCUUGUAAUGACACUUUGCUAUGCUUCAGCUGGAUGCCUCAACAGUUUUCCCUCACCUGGACCAGUUGUGCCCACAUGUGAGCUUGGGUCCAAUACCCCCAUCUACUCUUCUGAUAAGAAAAAUGAGAGCUGGGUAAUGAUCCAAAUUUCACCCAAGCUGAGGCCUAAAGAAAUCCAAUUAGAAAUGUACUAGGCAGUGUUUUCAAUAUUAAACUUCCCUAAGGAAGGCACAAACUAGCUUUCUUGGGAAGGGAGCAGGGAUUAAGCCACGGAGUUCAUAUUUGAUACAGUUCUGCUCUCCCAGAGGCUGGUGUCAAAAUUUAGUCCUCCGUGCUGGAGUCCACAGGAUGUGGGACUCCAUAGUUCAUUGGAUGGCCUCAAAUCCUAUUAUGCCAGACUGCAUUAAACAACGAUGGGAAAUUACUGGGAUAAGGACUUGGGUCUAAAAGUUUAAAAAUCAAAACAUCUCUAUGUAAGACUGUGGUUUGCCACAUUUAAAGAGAAGUCUUUUGAGUGUAGUGAAGCCCAGGAAUAGACCCAAUUAUACAAUUAUAAGGGCUGGAGAGAAGCUGCUGCUAGAUUUGUUUUAGCUGCCCGCUUCGCUGUUUUUCUUGUGUCUCUUAAUGUUGCUUAGUGAUGACUUGAACAUCUUGGUAACUGACAAAGGUCUUCCCUUGGGGGGGGGGCUCGAAAAAUCUUGGAAACUGACAAAGGUCUUCCUGUGGGGGGACGCUAGCAGUAUCUUGUUUAAACAGUCGAAAGGGAAAGGAUUACUACAAGUUAUUGAAGUAUGUUAAUUGGGACUCAUGUGAGGACCUAUGUUGUUGAUCCUCCUCCUACUCCAUAAUCUGUUUUCUGAAUCCUAGAGGGGGGUUUCUACCCACUCCCUUUCCAAGUAUAUUCUUAUUGGUAGUAUAUAUCCAGUUUAACCUGGACUGAGGGCCAUGUUUUAGUGAGGAUCUAUGCAGAUGUUUUUCCUUAUCGAAAGAGUUUAUGCUUGAGCACUGGUUGCAGAAGCCGAGAUGAUUCAAAUAGCUUUGAGAAACCAUCAGGUUCUCCUGAUUCAGGUGCUGGGGCCUCAACAUCCUAUUCCUCUUGGAAACUAAGCUUGCUUUCAUAGAUACUUUUUCCACUACCCACCUUCUCUUUUUGCUACUUAAUACAACAUAAUCUUGGAUAUUGCCAAAGGAAGCCUUUCAGCAGAUGGUGACACCCACCCCCACCCUGACUCUGGUCCCCAGCCCCGAGUCUGUAAUUAAUUGCUCUUACCUGUUGCACUAACAAAUAUGAUUCUAGGUUUCAAAGGGGGAACUUGAAACAAUAGGCAAAUGGGGCUUGGAUGAAUUGGUCCUACAGAUACCCUGCCUUAACCCACUGAGGUGAUGAGUCCACUACUCAUGUGACCCUCCACCUUUGUGGAUUCCUCUUGGUUUGUGACCAGUGUGUCUGUUUCCUAAGGUUGUACAAACUUAUUGACAAAGGUCAAUACUUCCGUUUGUAUUCUCUGCACUGUUGCACUCUCAAAAUGGCCCCUUGAAUAGUUUUAUUAACUUGUUACACACAUUUUUGUCUGUCUACAUUUUUCUUUUGAUGUUUUUUUAUUUGGAAGGUUACCUGCUGUUGGAUUUAAUAAAUUUGUUUACUUCA